GCUAAAUCUCGAGGGUGUUUUUGAUAUUAACCCUUUCUUUUAUCCUCUUUAAAAAAUCUGAACUGAUGGGUGAUUUGGACAUUUUAACUCGAAUCCUCUCCUAAAGGUCAACAGCUCAAGGUGUUUUUCUUGAUAUUUCGGGAAACAGAAACCCCUCUGUGGUGUAAUCCUUCAAGUGCCUUGUGAUUCUGAAAGAAAGCAUCAAUAUUAAAAAACAAAGAAUGGGACGCCCGCUUCUCUCUCAAUUCCUCACUCUGUCCAACUCUUCGCCUUUGUUCGCUGCUUCAGUUACAUGCAGAAGGAAUCCAAAUGAGUUGUUGAAGUGUACAACUGGGAUUUUUCCUCACAUUGGUCGAAAGUUUCGGUCUCUCUGUACUAUCCCUGUUGCUGAUGCGUCUUCCUCGGAGCCUGCUGUUUCAGAAACGUCUUCCGUUUCAAUCAAGAAGAGGGUUGUCUCAGGCGUCCAGCCCACAGGAUCCAUACACCUUGGAAAUUAUCUUGGUGCCAUAAAAAAUUGGGUUGACUUACAAGAUCAAUAUGAUACUCUAUUCUUUAUUGUUGAUCUCCAUGCGAUAACUUUGCCUUAUGAUACGCAACAAUUAUCGAAAGUGACAAAGGAAACAGCCGCAAUUUAUUUGGCGUGUGGAGUGGAUGUCUCCAAGGCAUCAGUUUUUGUGCAAUCACAUGUUCGCGCUCAUGUAGAAUUAAUGUGGUUGCUGAGUUCUGCAACACCUAUUGGUUGGCUCAACAGAAUGAUCCAGUUUAAGGAGAAAUCGCUGAAGGAGGGAGAUGAAAAUGUUGGAGUUGCUUUACUAACUUAUCCAGUACUGAUGGCUUCUGAUAUUUUACUGUAUCAGUCUGAUUAUGUCCCAGUUGGGGAUGAUCAGAAGCAGCAUCUGGAAUUAACUCGAGAUCUCGCAGAGCGUGUCAACUAUCUAUAUGGCGGAAGGAAGUGGAAGAAAUUGGGAGGGCGAGGUGGCACAAUUUUUAAGGUACCUGAACCCCUUAUUCCACCUGCAGGAGCUCGUGUGAUGUCCCUGACAGAUGGACUUUCAAAGAUGUCCAAGUCAGCACCUUCAGAUCAGUCUCGGAUCAAUUUGCUUGAUUCAAAAGAUGUAAUUGCAAACAAAAUCAAACGAUGCAAAACUGACUCAUUUUCAGGUUUGGAAUUUGAUAAUUCCCAAAGACCUGAGUGUAACAAUCUUCUAUCAAUUUAUCAAAUUGUCACGGGGAAGACAAAGCAGGAAGUUGCAGAAGAGUGCCAAAGUAUGAAUUGGGGAAAUUUCAAGCCUGUCUUGACGGACGCUCUGAUCGAUCAUCUAUACCCUAUCCAGGUCCGAUAUGGAGAAAUUAUGUCUGAUGGAAGUUACCUCGAUACUGUUUUGGCUGAUGGUGCUAGAAGAGCAACAGAAAUAGCAGAUAACACUUUAAAAAAUGUCUACCAGGCAAUGGGAUUCUUGCGGUGAUGAGAAGAGUAGUUGAUGCUAUUUCAAGAAUUUGGUAACCAGGUCAGUUGUUGACAAGCUUGCUCAAAUUUGGUAUGUUCAGAUUUCAAAUUUUAACAUGUCUAUUUUAAUUUUUGGGGUAUAGGGUUCUCUGAGAAAAGUUCUGUCACUCUCGUACCAAGAUGAAAUUUGUGGCUGUCCUUAACUAAUGAUUUAGUGGGAGAUAUUUCGCAAAUACCGUAGCAUAAUUAGAGAGUCCUCGCAUGAUUUUUUAUCUAUCAGCUGACAAACUUGAGAGGUACACUGAAUUAUAAAAGAUGAAGAGAAUAUCCUUGAUAGUCCAAGAGAAAGAAUCUAGCUCUUGUUCUUAUCAUUAUUAGCAAGUACCUUUUGGAAGUGGACGGUAAUUGUAAUUAGCUCACUUGAAAUUUAAGCCGUAGGCAUACUUUUUCUUUCUAUUGGAUGAUUGCCACAUCCUCCCCUGGUUCCUUAUCAACGUAGAACAUAAUGAACAUCCCACCUGUUCCAAUAGAAGGAAGAGGAAAGCACUUAAAUCCUUAUUUGGAUACCAUCUCCCCACCCUCCCACAACCUUCGAAUUUUUCUCAAAAUGCUAGUGUCGGACCACGCAUCUAUAUACCAUGAAAGAGUGACGAGGAGAGGUCAAUGGUCCUCUGAAAACUAUACCCUGCCCUCUCUGCCAAGGAAUAAAGCUGUAAUUCUCAAUCAUUUCCUUACUUUGUAUGCGCUGCCAAGACAGUUAAUAUGGAUGUCCAGACAGGAGAGGAGAUCCUUGUCUGGAAGUGUAAAGGAAAUGUUCUCUUUCAUCCAUUGUCAGAUUUUUCCUUCUACUUAUUGUCAACCAUUCACUUGCUCAUUGAGACUGUCUGCUUUCAGUUCUACUGAUUAUGCCACCAGUUUAUUUGAACUAGGACUUGAAUAAUCUUCUGUGUUGUGGUAAUUUGGUAAUGAUGCAGUCUUCUUUAUGAUACUUUGUUGAUCUCUGCUAGUACGUUUAUUAUUCUGCCUGUCUCAAGGAUGGUGCCCUGCAGGACAAAUACAUAUUCCCUUCAGGGUUCAAAGCAUAUUCGUUGCCAGUGGUGUAAUGGUCUCUUGACUGGCAACCGGAAUUCCUUACUUUUUGUUGCAAUUGACGUGGUGAUGGAUAUUGCUCAACUUGGAGGUUAACACAACAAUGCUGGAUUGCUUACAUACUCACGACAGAUACACUAGGUUUUAUUCAGGAUACUGAACGUACAGUCAAAUUUUGCAAGAUUACAUUCAUGGAUCACUUCUAUUCUUUCCUGUAUGAGUAGUUACUGCAACUUUGAAUCGCAUUGAUUCCUGAAGUUAUAGAGAUAAUCCUCAGUGCAAAAUUUUUUUUUUUUUUUUGCAUGCAUUAAUCGUGUGUACAAUCUUUCUCGGUUGUCACUCUGGUCAAUGCAUCAGCACCAAAUAUAUAUGCCUUGGGUUUUUGAUGUAAAUUCUGCAUUCGGCAUCUGACUUUCUGUGGAUUCUUUUUUCGGGAGGCAAAAAAUGGACUACCAAAAGAGUCUCAACGCAGUCAAUAAUCGACACAUGGAUGAUAAAUUGAUUCUGCUGAAGAAGAAGAUUUGGAAUGAAGAGAGUACAUUUUAUUAGAAGAUAUGCAAUGAGAUUCUCCGUCGUACAAAAAUACUCUCAAGUUGUCGAGACAACAUUUGCAGUAGCUCUGAAUACUCCUUUCACUUUGGCCCUUUUAUAUCAUUUUCAUUCACUCGCGGCUUGUUUAGAGCAAUUUAUGGGCUUGUUUAGACGUUUGCUCAUUUUGUAUUUUCAACUCAUUUGGUCUCUUAAACACAAAACUCAAUAUAAACAAAAUUGACG